AAUUAUUUAAUACUGACAAAUGACAUAAAUUUGACCACCUAUUUCAUUUAAUUUAAUAAAUGCAAAAUAAUUAUAAAAUUGUUUAUAGAUGAUAAAUUAUUAAAAUCACAUCAUACCAGGAUUCUUCAAGUGCAAUAAAUUACAGAAUAACCUAGAAAUGUUCUUUAUAUGAAAAAUGUAAUACAUAAACAUGAGAAAUUUUAUGGUUAGUGAUGCUUUUGCCGGUGCUUUAAUUUUUGGGGGAUCAGUAUGCUAUUCAAUUUAUUGUGUUUAUAAAGUUAGCACAGUUGUUAAUUCAAUAUCAAUUCCGAAUAGUGAAUUCUAUUUUAAUGACGGCUGGAGUAUUUUGAAAAGAAAACGUGAUAUUGUUGAUGAAGAAUGGGAAAACGGAAAAAAUUUAUAUGUUUCCCUAGCCCCUUGGUUAUUAUUUCAAUCAAUAAUUUCAGUAUUAUUCCACCAUAAAAGUUAUCUUAAUUAUUUAUAUAUGUUUCAAAUCAUUUGUAGUGCUUUAUACAUAAUUAUCAAUUUAAACUUACUUUCUUUCAUAUUAAUUAUAUUACAGCCAAUUACAUUUCAACUUUUAAUUAUUACCAUAAAGUUUAAAAAGAGAGUUAUUUGGGUUUGCUCUUUAAUAAAUAUUAUGAUUUUUUUUAAUGUCAAUAUUAAAGUGGUAUAUGAUUUUUUUCAUCAGCUACAACUUACUGAUAAUCAAGUUGAUUUAUUAUACAUUGCUUUGUAUUGGAUUAAUAUACGAUGUGUGUGUUAUUACAUUGAUUAUACGGAAAACCCAUGGAAGUGUAAUAUCACACAAUCACUUUCUUAUUGUUUAUAUUUACCACUAUUAUUUCUUGGGCCCUUCAUUCAAUAUAAAGAUUUUAAAAAGUGUCGUGAGUUUAAUAACGAUCCUUUAAAAUUACGUUUAUUAUUAUUUAUGAAAAAUUUAAUUCGAUUUAUUUUUUGGUGGAUUUUUACUGAUAUUUCUUUACAUUAUAUUUAUGUAAAUUUUUUUCCAUUCUUCCCCGAGUUAGUAAAAACGUUUGAUUCUGUUACUUUAUAUGGUUUUGGAUAUAGUAUGGGUCAAUUUUUUCAUUUAAAAUACGUUGUUUUAUAUGGUUUGAGUACUACUUUUGCUCAAUUUGAUGGUAUACCAACACCAAAUAUUCCAAAAUGUAUUGGACGAAUACAUUUGUAUUCAGAUAUGUGGAAAUAUUUUGAUAAUGGAUUGUAUCAAUUCUUAUUAAAAUAUAUUUAUAUUCCUGUAAAGAACUUCACAUCAUCACCAUAUGUUUCAAAUAUUAUCUGUUUCUUAUUUAUUUUUGUAUGGCAUGGUUUUAUGAGGAUGGAUAUUUUUGUUUGGGUUACCUUGAAUUGUCUUGGUGUUAUGAUAGAACGCUUCUUCAAAAAUAUUGGUUUACAAAAUUAUUUUAAUAUUUUUUGGGAGCGACAUUUGAGUUGUAUGAUCAAUGCACCUCUUCUGAUGAUGUCUGCUAUUUCAAAUUUUUAUUUCUUUGGGGGCACAACAAUUGGAAAUAUUUUUGUAUAUCGCGUUAUUGAAGAUAAACUUUCAUCUACAUUUAUUUUGUUGUUUACUUUAUAUAGUUGUGGACUAUUUUCGAUUUAUGUUAAACAAAAAGAGAUUGGAAAUAAAAAGUUAUCGAAUAAAACAUCUUAAGAAACCAA